AUGGAUACAUACGAAGAGCUACUAUCAUGGGCAACUGAACGAGGUAUCAAACUCAGCGGGAUUAAGCCUCAAAACAUUCUCAGUAGAGGCACAGGAAUCAUCGCGACACGCGACAUCCAGGCCGGCGAAACCAUCCUCUUCGUCCCCUUCAAACUUUUCCGAACUCUAAAACAUGUCCCAAAAGCCAUCUCACGAAGACUACCCCGAAAUAUGUCACUCCACGCCCUACUAGCCACAUAUCUCUCCCUAGACAAAACAGACACCUUCGCUAUACCAAACAAAACACUCCCAGACCUGAGUUCCUUCGAAGCCGGCAUGCCUUUCCUAUGGCCAGCGGAGCUCCAUCCUUUCCUCCCCAAACCAGCCCUAGAUCUACUCAUGAAACAACAGCGAAGCUUCAAGCGAGACUGGGACAUCGUCUCAAAAGCCUACUCAAACAUUUCCCAAGAUCAGUAUCUUCACGCUUGGCUGCUCGUCAACACACGCUCCUUCUACUGCACAACACCCAUCAUGGAACGCCUACCCCACGACGACAGACUCGCCAUCCUCCCCGUCGCCGACCUAUUCAACCACGCCGACGUGGGCUGUGAAGCAAGAUUCGCAUCUGAAAAUUAUUCCUUCAUCGCCGACCGCGAUUAUCGCACAGGCGAGGAACUCCACAUUUCUUAUGGAUCCCAUUCUACCGAUUUCCUACUUACCGAGUAUGGCUUUGUGCCUACGGAGAAUUGCUGGGAUGUAGUCUGCCUCGAUGAGGCCAUUUUACCACGGUUAACGCAAGAUCAGAAAGAUGCAUUGAAGGAUAGGGGGUUUCUGGGUAAGUAUAUACUUGAUCCAAAGACGGGGGGUUGCUUUAGGACGCAGGUUGCGUUGCGCAUGUUGUGUUGUACGCGAGAGGAAUGGGAGCAGUUUGUGGAUUUUGAGGCAGGCGAGGAAUUUGCGCCUAGAGUGAGGGGUACGCUGAAGGGAAUCUUGGAUUCAUUUGUGGAAACGAUUCAGAAGACAGUGGUGGAUGUUGAGAAGCUUGAUGUUGGUCGGGUGGAGCAGCGGGAGGCGCUGGUAAGGAGGUGGCGGCAGAUUGAAAGGACAGUUGUGGAGACUAUGGAGGGUCUUGAGAGCUGA